AAAAUGUUCAAACAGUCCGUCGAUCUCGAAGUUAGAAGUUGGAUAGAGUCGUGCGAAGGUGUUAGUUUAGUUUCGUUUAAUUCUCCGGCUAAAGACAUGAUCAGUUCCAGUGUGCAAAAUGUGGAGUUAAUGAACGUCGAGCAGCACAUGAAACCCCAUUCACCUACUGCUUCUAGUAGGAUAUUGGACAUUCCAUGCAAGGUGUGCGGGGACUUCUCCUCCGGGAAGCACUACAACAUUUUCGCGUGCGACGGUUGCGCGGGAUUCUUCAAAAGGUCCAUCCGAAGGAACAGGCAGUACGUGUGCAAGGCCAAGGAAGAGGGGACGUGCACGAUCGACAAAACCCACAGGAACCAAUGCAGGGCCUGCAGGUUGCAGAAGUGCCAAGAAGCCGGCAUGAACAAAGACGCCGUUCAGCACGAGAGGGGUCCACGAAACUCCACUUUGAGGAGACAGCAAAUGUCGAACUUUUUCAACGAAGCCAGGGAGCGGAUGAUGGCAUCUCCGCCCAUCGGCGCCCUCAAUUUGGCCAUCACCAAGCCAUCCACACCGCCCGUUUUGGACGGCCCUUUCGGGUACGUCGCCCCGACGGGAUUCCUCUGCAACUCCAUACUCAAUUUGCCCAGAUUUCCAAUUCCAGUACAGCCGCCAGUCGCGCCGCAAAUCCCGAAUCCUGCUGUAGUCUGCGAAGCAGCGGCCAGGCUCCUCUUCAUGAACGUCCAAUGGGCGAAAUCCUUACCGGUCUUCACGUCGCUCCCUUUCACCGAUCAACUCCUGCUGCUCGAGGAGAGCUGGAGCGAGCUGUUCGUGCUGGGCGCCGCCCAGUUCCUGCCAAUGACCUAUCUCCCGCAUCUGAUCCCGAAUUUGGGCGUGGAGACGAGCGCGGCGUUCUUGCAGAACGUGCAGGAGUUCCAGGACGUGCUGGUGAACGUCAGGCAGUUCCAGGUCGAUCCGCAGGAGUACUCCUGCCUGCGGGCCACCAUUUUGUUCAAGCCCAGUUUCGACAAGGCGAGUUCGUCGUCGCAAAGGGAAGCGGUGUUGCAUCAUCCGGGUAAAGUGGCGGCUAUUCAGGAUGAAACUCAGUUGACGCUGAAUAAAUACAUUUCGUCGAGGUACCCCGCGCAACCGUUGAGGUUCGGGAAGUUGUUGCUUUUGCUGCCUACCCUUCGAAGGGUGUCGGGCGAGACUAUCGAGGAGUUGUUCUUUCGAAAAACGAUAGGGACUAUUCCUAUUGUUAGGAUUAUAUGCGAUAUGUACAAGUCACAACCUAGUUUAUGAUACACGUACAUGUACCAGUUCAAAUGACUACGGACGUACUUUAUUGUGAAUUAAACACAAAAAAAUUAAUGGCAUACAUAUGCACAAUUUAAGGGUACAAGUGUAUACAUAUACACUUGUAUAAGAGCGCUAACGUGGCAGUUAAUUCGAUCUCAAUUCAAUUUUUUAACAAAGCUACGUGUAAUUUGCGAUUAUAAUAGAGUUGAUGUCUUCGGGUAUUUCUGUACCAAAGUAUAAUGAACCUACAAAAGGUGUAUAAUUGUUGUUUCUAAGGGUACAUUAAGGUUGGUUAACCCGCCAAAAACCGUGCAAACAUUACUGUGAUGUAAAUAUUUUAGG